GCCCCGCCCCGCCCGCCUCCCUCCCGAGCCCCGAGCUGGGGGCACGGACCAGACCCCGGGCGCUGGCACCAUGACGCUCGCUCGCUUCUUGCUGGCUCUGCUGUUGGGGGCGCUCCCCGAAGUGGUCAGCGUGGAUCCGAUCCUCAGUUAUCCGCUGUGCCUCCGCCACCGCCAUCCGCCCCCGGCGGGUCCCCAGGACCCCAACUACCGGGCGCCUCCGUCGCUCCUGUGUCCCCGGCGGGCGGUCCCUGCCCUGCGCCCCCACGCUCUCCAAGCUGGACACGCGCCGCGGCAGCACCCCGGGGGGUGCCCCGCCGGGCAGCUCCGGGUCAACGUGACAGACCUGGGAGCCCCGUGUCUGCGCUGGGCGGAGGUGCCACCCUUCCUGGAGCGUUCGCCUCCGACCGGCUGGGCUCAACUGAGAGGACAGCGACACAACUUUUGCUGGGGUCCUGACGGUUCGAGCAGACCCUGGUGCUUCUAUUCGAACGCCCGGGGCCAGGUGGACUGGGGCUACUGCGCCUGCAGACCUGGCCCGUCAUUGCCUGUCAUUCGCCUUGCUGGUGGCAGCAGCAUGCAUGAAGGUCGAGUGGAGCUCUACCACGCUGGCCAGUGGGGGACCAUCUGCGAUGACCAGUGGGAUGACGCGGACGCAGAAGUGAUCUGCAGGCAGCUGGGCCUCAGUGGCAUUGCCAAAGCAUGGAACCAGGCAUAUUUUGGGGAAGGAUCUGGCCCAAUAUUGUUGGAUGAAGUACACUGCACUGGAAAUGAGCUUUCAAUUGAGCAGUGUCCAAAGAGUUCCUGGGGUGAGCAUAACUGCAAUCACAAAGAAGAUGCUGGAGUAUCCUGCACUCCCCUUACAGAUGGAGUCAUCAGACUUGCAGGAGGGAAAGGCAGCCAUGAGGGUCGCUUGGAGGUGUACUACAGGGGACAGUGGGGUACUGUCUGUGACGAUGGCUGGACUGAGCUCAAUACUUACGUGGCUUGUCGACUGCUGGGAUUUAAGUAUGGCAAACAAGCCUCUCCAGACCAUUUUGAAGAAAGCCCAGGGCCCAUAGGGCUGGAUGAUGUCAGCUGCUCAGGAAAGGAAACCAGUCUCCUUCAGUGUUCCAGGAGACAAUGGGGAAAACAUGACUGCAGCCAUCGGGAAGAUGUGGGCAUCACCUGCCACCCUGGCAGUGAUGGGCAUAAACCCUCUCUGGGUUUUCCUAUAAGACUUAUGGAUGGAGAAAAUAAAAAAGAAGGACGAGUGGAGGUUUUUGUCAAUGGCCAGUGGGGAACAAUCUGUGAUGACGGAUGGACUGAUAAGGACGCAGCUGUGAUCUGUCGACAGCUUGGUUAUAAGGGUCCUGCCAAAGCAAGAACUAUGGCUUAUUUUGGGGAAGGGAAAGGACCUAUCCAUAUGGAUAAUGUGGAGUGUACAGGAAGUGAGAGGUCUGUGGCUGACUGUAUCAAGCAAGAUAUUGGACGUCACAACUGCCGUCACAGUGAGGAUGCAGGAGUUAUUUGUGAUUACUUUAGCAAAAAAGCAUCAAGUAAUAGUAAUAAAGAGUCCCUUUCCUCUGUCUGUGGUUUGAGAUUACUGCACCGUCGGCAAAAGCGGAUCAUUGGGGGGAAAAAUUCUUUAAGGGGUGGCUGGCCUUGGCAGGUCUCCCUCCGGCUGAAAUCAUCUCAUGGAGAUGGCAGGCUCCUCUGUGGGGCCACGCUCCUGAGCAGCUGCUGGGUCCUGACAGCAGCGCACUGUUUCAAGAGGUAUGGUAACAGCACCAGGAACUACGUUAUCCGGGUUGGGGAUUACCAUACUUUGGUACCAGAGGAGUUUGAAGAAGAGAUUGGAGUUCAACUGAUUGUGAUUCACCAGAAGUAUCGGCCGGUCAGUAAUGACUACGACAUUGCCCUGGUUAGACUGCAAGGACCAGAGGAGCAGUGUGCCAGGUUCAGCAGCCACGUCUUGCCAGCCUGCUUGCCGCUGCGCAGGGAGAGGCCACAGAAGACAGCCUCCAAUUGUUACGUAACAGGAUGGGGAGACACAGGAAGAGCAUAUUCAAGAACAUUACAGCAAGCAGCCAUCCCUUUACUUCCCAAGAGAUUCUGUGAAGACCGCUAUAAGGGAAGAUUUACUGGGAGAAUGCUCUGUGCUGGAAACCUCCAGGAACACAAACGAAUGGACAGCUGCCAGGGAGACAGUGGAGGACCGCUCAUGUGUGAACGUCCAGGAGAGACCUGGGUUGUGUAUGGGGUAACAUCCUGGGGAUACGGCUGUGGAGCCAAGGAUUCUCCUGGUGUUUACACUAAAGUCUCAGCCUUUGUACCUUGGAUAAAAAGCGUCACCAAACUAUGAUUUGCAGACAGCUCAACAGUAAAUAUCUGAAGAAACUGAUGAAAGCUACUAACUCUAUUAGCACAAGACAAAGGAGCUUGAAGUUUCCUUUAUGUUGACAGAAACUGUAUACCCUUUGCUGCUUUUUGUGAUGUGAACAUUUACGGUUAGAUACCUCAGUGUAAUAUUAUCCUUACAUUAUUGAUGAUUGAAAUUACUGGGAAAAUUUAUUUCCUUUGCCUGUUUCCCAGCAUUCUCUACAUUCAAUUUUAUAAUUAGGCUGUUUUCAAUCAAAUGAAUCAAUAUGGGGUACGGAUUUGUAGUAAAAACUCAUUUGAUAUAUGCCUCUAAAUGUAUUUUCUAUUUGUUCAUUUGACAAGUUAUCUUCCCCUAUCAAAGCUGUGGGUUUUGUCAAAUGCAAUCACUUGCCCAUGGGGAAUUCCAUUAACAACUUCCAAGGUGGAAUAGGACCAUGAGGCCACAAGGACUUUGUUAGCCUGUUACAAUAUAUUUCCCAAUAAAGGCACCUGGUAUUUCCAGGUAUCUUUGUUAAGCAGAUACUAAAUAAACUCUUAAAAGGGAAAAAUUAAAAAUGUGAAAAGAUUUAAAACAUGAAAAGUGCUAGCUGAAUAUAUCAGGCAUAUUAACACACCUAGUAUAUUAAUCUUUAAUAUCUAUGUGAAAUCUGUGAGUAGGUAAAAUAAAGUACCACCUGAAGUCCAGGACUCAGGAUUAUGAUGGGAGAGAGCCACCUACUGGAACUUUUCAGCAAUUGACUUAUUCAACUUACAGCUCUUCAUAGAGCACUUGCCUAGCUUGUGCAAGACCCUGGAAUCAGUUUUCAUCACUACUCAGUCAAAAUGCCUUCCUUUGUCUAUAUUGGCAAAUGUAUCAAAUGCUUGUCAGUUUAACAUGUGACAGUAUUAGGUGACUACACUAAAAGGUCACGACAAAGGAAUUUUACAAUAGUGUUUUCAAAUGGACUGGUGAAUAACUUCCUCUAAGAAGGAAUCCAAAGGAGGUUAGAUGCACAUCCCCCAAACCCAUGGUCAUCUCACUUGAAAGUCAGUUUUUCUCAAAAAUGAUAAGACGGCUUUACAGGGAAUUCUUGGUAGCAAAACCAAAACUUUGCCCAAAUAAAAGGCACACAUCAGUAAGACUGCUAAUACUCCUAGAGAAGGGAAUUAUUUCAGAUGUCACACCUCUUCUGAAUUCAGUGUAGAAACUGGUUAACAAGUUAAUGUGAACUUUAGUAUGGUUGUAAACAACCCUCUUAAUUCUCUCUUGCACUGAUGCUCAUCCUUUUGUAAAUCACGUUUUGCAAAACUAAAAUUUUCUAAAAGCCCAUCAUUUCAAUUAAAACUACUAAAGUAGCAUUCACAUUUUUGUUAUGUACUGCUGCUCAAGGGUCUUAAAAGAAAAUAAUGUAAGAGAUGAAAAAGUCUAUCAAUGAAUUUUCUCCACAGCUGGCCUUGUUAUUAAACUAUUGCUAAUAAACAUUCAUACUGAUGUUUUUAAUAUACCAGGGAUUAUCAAAUUUAAAGGCAGCAAAGAGGCCUGCAAUUAAUUCAUAAGUAAAAUACAUGAUUUAUAAGUUAUGUAGCCAAUUGUCUUAAUGUUUUUUUGAAGACACAACUGUUCAGGGCAUAUUUAUGUAAAUAAAGCACAUCAAUUUUUA